AUGUCUACAGAUACCUUGUCUGAUUUAGCAAAUCUCUCCGAGAAUAACAUAAAGGGUGUAUCGUUCUCGACUCUUCCCGCGCGACUACCACCAUCCCCUCCGAAAUCUGCCUAUAGUGGUAGCGAAACUUCAGACCAAUCCGCACCAGUUUCAAGAAGGCCCAGUAACGCUCGAUCACCAGACCGUUACGCUCUUCCACCACCAUCCAGUGAACCUACCGCCGUUCUCUCAGAAGAUAUCAAAACACCAGAUCAUCAUGUCCCUAGAGAUCCCCGCUUGAUUCGGUUGACAGGCAUCCAUCCCUUCAAUGUCGAAGCUCCUUUGACUGCUCUUUACGAUGAGGGCUUUUUGACCUCUCCAGAGCUAUUCUACGUCAGGAAUCAUGGGGCUGUUCCACAAGUGGACGAUGCUGCAAUUCCGGACUGGGAGUUUACCAUCGAGGGUCUUGUGCAGAAUCCUAUCCGGAUGACACUGAAACAACUCAUUGAGGAAUAUGAACAGAUCACAGUGCCAAUUACACUAGUGUGCGCAGGGAACCGCCGCAAGGAGCAGAAUCAAGUGCGCAAAUCGAAAGGUUUCUCGUGGGGAGCGGCAGGUGUUUCGACGGCUCUGUGGACCGGUGUUGCAAUUGGCGACUUGAUCAAGAGGGCACGCCCGUUGCGAGGAGCCAGGUAUGUCUGUAUGGAGGGCGCCGAUAAAUUGCCUAACGGUUACUACGGCACGUCACUGAAGUUGAACUGGGCGAUGGACCCUAAUAAGGGUAUCAUGUUAGCCCAUAAGAUGAACGGCGAGAUGCUGCGGCCUGAUCAUGGUAAGCCCUUGAGGGUGGUUGUGCCGGGCCAGAUUGGUGGGCGAAGCGUGAAAUGGUUGAAGAAACUUAUCAUCACCGCUGCUCCCAGCGAUAACUGGUAUCACAUUUAUGAUAAUCGGGUUUUGCCAACUAUGAUAAGCCCCGAGCAGAGCGCCAACGAGCCAAAGUGGUGGACUGACGAGCGAUACGCAAUCUAUGACCUAAGUACGAACAGCGCCACGGCCUACCCACAACACGAGGAGCAAAUAUGCUUGGUGAACGGACCACAAACUUACAAGGUCAGAGGGUAUGCGUACGGUGGUGGGGGGAGAAGAGUGACGAGAGUUGAAGUGACGUUGGACAAGGGCAAAUCAUGGGCAUUGGCGAACAUUCGAUACCAUGAAGACGACUACCGGUAUAACGUGGAGGAAAACGAGUACCUUUAUGGUGGCAGACUGGAUGUGGGAUGGCGAGAGUCUUCCUUUACUUGGUGCUUUUGGGACAUUGAUAUCAACGUUGCUGACAUGGCAUUCUCAAGCGACAUUAUGGUAAGAGGAAUGGACGAAAGUAUGAACGUUCAACCGAGAGAUAUGUACUGGAGUGUAUUGGGAAUGAUGAACAAUCCGUGGUACCGGAUCACUAUCGCUAAAGAGGGCAACUAUUUACGGUUCGAACAUCCCACGCAGCCUGCAUUAAUACCUGGAGGUUGGAUGCAAAAGGUCAAGGACAAAGGCGGAAACUUGGCGAAUGGGUUCUGGGGAGAGAAGAUGGGUGGUGCUGAUGAGGAGGAGGGAAUAAUCGAAGAAAAGACAGAGGUCAAAAUGACCCAAGAUGGACUCGACAAUAUUGUUACAAUCGACGACUUAAGGAAACACGAUACAGAUACUGAGCCCUGGUUCGUUGUCAACGGCGAAGUAUAUGAUGGAACUGCCUUUUUAGAAGGCCAUCCGGGCGGUGCAACAAGUAUCACAGGUGCCGCUGGUCAAGAUGCCACGGACGAGUUCAUGGCCAUUCACUCCGAGACCGCAAAAGCAAUGAUGACGAAGUACCACAUCGGUACCCUCGAUGAGGUAUCCCGCAAAACGCUCGCCCAAGGUGAAGAUACUUCUUCGGAAUCAACAGAGUUACGGCCAGUCUUCCUUCAAUCUAAAGCUUGGACGAAAGCUGUUCUUUCUACCAAGAAGAAAAUCUCGGCAGAUACCAGGAUUUUCACUUUUACCUUGGAACACCCAGAUCAGACCAUCGGUCUUCCAAUCGGCCAACAUCUCAUGCUCCGUCUUCGUGACCCUGUUACACGAGAAGCAAUCAUUCGCUCUUACACACCAAUGUCCGAAGGAUCCAGCAAGGGAACGUUGGACAUCCUCAUCAAGAUAUACUUCGACACCAAAGAACGCGCUGGUGGUAAAAUGACAAAAGCACUCGACGCCAUUCCUGUCGGCCACUUUGUCGACUUCAAAGGUCCCAUCGGAAAAUUCGAGUACCUCGGAGAUGGAAAUUGCACGAUAUCUGGAAAGCCUCGACACAUUAAAAAGUUCAUCAUGAUAUGCGCUGGCUCGGGUAUCACGCCUAUCUUCCAAGUCCUCCGUGCUGUUCUCUCCAAUGCUUCAGACCCCACGAAAUGUCUUGUCCUCGAUGGAAACAGACUUGAGGAAGAUAUCUUGUGCAAAGAAGAGAUCGAUUCACUCUGCGUUGGAAAGGAAGAGAGAGUCAAACUACUUUACACCUUGACGCAGCCCACGGAAUCCUGGACAGGGACAAAAGGAAGAGUGGGCAAAGACCUACUGCAAAAGGAAAUAGGCACUUAUGAAGCGAAGAAUGGCGAGGAAUUGGUACUUAUUUGUGGGCCUGAGACGUUGGAAAAGAGCGUUCACGGAUUCUUGAAUGAUAUGGGCUGGAAAGAUGAUGACUUGUUGUUCUUUUAA